GAAAUGUGUUGGAAAUAUCGCGAGAGCAGCCGCUGUCGACGUCACGCCGUUGCUCCCACAGGAAACCCGAUGUAAACAAAGCGUCUCUCUUAGCCUGUGUGCGUGUUAACGCGGACUGAGUUUAACGUUUCUUUCGUCGUCUUUUCUUCUUUAUAAAUCCACAGUUUGAACUCGUAGCUUAGCAGUUAGCUGACUGCAGCUAACGCGAGCUAGCUGCCCGAACGUUAGCAUUCAGUAAAAUGGAUGAUAACAAGAUGGUGGCUGGUAAAGUGAAGAAACCGGGCAAACGCGGCCGCAAGCCUGCAAAGAUCGACCUGAAGGCCAAACUGGAGCGGAGCCGCCAGAGCGCCAGAGAGUGCCGAGCCAGGAAGAAGCUGCGGUACCAGUACCUGGAGGAACUGGUCUCCAGCAAGGAGAGAGCCAUCUGCGCCCUGCGGGAGGAACUCGAGAUGUACAAGCAGUGGUGUUCGGCCAUGGAUCAGGGGAAGAUCCCGUCAGAGAUCAAAGCUCUGCUGACCGGAGACGAGCAGAAGCUGCCCCAGGGCGCCAGCGGCACCAAGACGUCCAAGAAGAACAACAUCAGCAGCAGCGCUUAACCUCCCCCCCCCCACCCCCCCACCCCCAGAGACUGACCGUACCAAACAAUCAUCCCCACACCCUGCUGCAUGUACUUAACCUCCCCCAGCUGUUAGCAUAUCUAUUCUUUGUUUCCCAGACGCACACGGAGCUGCGUUUAUGUGUGUCCCCCCCCCCCCCCAAAAGCAAUGAGAUGGCCGUCCCGCCGUAGCGUUAGAACGGACCCGAGAGGAACC